ACCAUACCAUACCCUUCUUUUUUUCUCUUUCUCUCAUCAUCAUCAUUGAACCAAAAAAUAACAAUAAUCUAAAUUACUAUAACUUCCACAAAUACAAAAAAAUAAAUAAUUAUAAACUCCAUAAAAAGGUGAAAAGAAUUGGAUUCUAAGAGAGAGAAAGGAAGAAGAAUCAUGUGGUGCUGGAAAUAAAGCUAGAAAGAGAGAGAGGGAGAGAGUUUCUUCUACUUUGACAGCACUUUUAGGAGUUCUUGCAACUUUGGAAGUUCUUUGACAACUAACAAGCCUGAAGAUAAAUCAGAGAUGCUGCUGCCUCCUUGCAGGCGACCGUUCUGGAAGAAACAGUAAUGCUACUGAAAUGGGAAAGAAAGGGAGUUGGUUUUCAGCAAUCAAGAGGGUUUUCACACACCACUCCAAGGGGAAGCAGGAUUCGGAUAACAAAAGUUUAAAAGAGAAGAAGAAAGGUCCGGGUAAACUAAAGCAUGGAGAGACGAAUUCUUUCAUACCGCUCUUCAGGGAGCCGAGCAGCAUUGAGAAAAUAUUUGGCGACUUCGAAAGAGAGCAACAAGUGCUUGCAAUUAGGCCUCCCACGCCUCUUGAGCGACCCAAAACACCGCCUUUUGUUCCUCCUCGAGUUGCUUCUCCUAGGCCUCCUUCUCCAAAGCCCCCUUCUCCAAGAGCUUCAUCUCCGAAGGCUCCUUCUCCACGAGUCACAUCUCCCAAAGCUGCAUCUUCCCGGAACGUUCAUCAGAACAAGGAGGUUAGCUACAGACCUGAGCCGACUUUACGGAACCAACAAGCCUCGGCUACUAAGAUUCAGGCUUUUUACAGAGGUUAUACGGCGAGGAGGAGUUUUCGAGCUCUUAAGGGUUUGGUAAGGCUUCAAGGAGUGGUGAGAGGACAGAAUGUGAAGAGACAGACAGUUAGUGCCAUGAAACACAUGCAGCUGUUAGUGCGAGUUCAAUCUCAGAUUCAAUCUAGAAGAAUCCAGAUGCUGGAAAACCAGGCGCGAUAUCAAGCUGAGUUCAAGAACGAUAAGGACGCUGCGAGUACCUUUGGAAAACUGACUUUAGGACAUGGUUCUGAGGCAGGUAACAAUGAAGAUUGGGAUGAUAGUUUAUUGACAAAAGAGGAAGUAGAUGCAAGGUUGCAAAGGAAAGUGGAAGCAAUCAUCAAAAGAGAGAGAACAAUGGCGUUUGCAUAUUCACAUCAGUUGUGGAAGGCCACACCGAAAUCAACUCAAACGCCGGUGACAGAUAUGCGAUCGAGUGGAUUCCCGUGGUGGUGGAACUGGUUGGAAAGACAACUACCUGCAACAUCAAAUCCACAAGAAAAACAAGUCCUAAAGAAUUUCCAACUCACGCCGCCAAGACCAUAUUCAGAACAAAAGACAAGUCCGAGACCUGGCUCAAGCACUCAAAGGCAACAGCAUCAUCCUUUUGCCUUCGAUAACAUGGAUACAUCCACUCCAAAAUCGACAAAAUCGACUAUCUUUCCAUCUUCCAAACCAUCUAGAACUCCUCCAUUUAGGACUCCCCAAGGAAACAGUUCAAGCAUGAUGUCGAAAUAUUCAAGGUCAAGAGCAGUAGGGUCCAGUUCACCUUUCGACGUGCCAAUGAAAGACGACGAUAGUCUCACAAGCUGUCCGCCAUUUUCGGUUCCAAACUACAUGGCUUCAACUGCUUCUGCUAAGGCGAAAGUACGCGCUAGUAGUAAUCCAAGAGAAAGAUUUGGUGGUGGUGGUAGUAGCGGUUGCGUAACUCCAACUCCAAGCAAUGAUUCAAAACGAAGAGUCUCAUUUCCUUUGUCACAAGGAAUAGGAUCAUUCAAAUGGAACAAAGGGUCAUUGUUCUCUAACAAUAAGGAUCCUCAUGCCUCUCACAGGACACCAGAUAAAUAUCAGGAAUCUAUCGGAAACGUGAGCGUGGAUUCGACGAUAUCAUUACCGGCAAGGGUCGGAAGAAAGCCUUUUACAAGAUUUGUGUGAUUUAAUUCUUUUUUAACCAUUUUUUUGUUGUUUUUGUUUCAUGUUUGGUGGGUGUUAUUAUCAGUUGUAUUAUGAUUAUGAUCGAGUGUAUUGGUGGUGAUUAUAGUUUUUGACAAAAGUAUACUCUAAUAAAAAAACAUAAUAGGAAAUAAUGUGGUUUGAUAA